UUCGUGUGGAACACAUUCACACACAUUAGGUUCAACCUGUUGGUGGAGCAAGGCAUUCCUUAUUAUUUGUGUUUUUUUUCCGUAGAAGUGGUUCGCUAUAAGUAUGUCGGCAUUUUUGAAGGCUUCCAGAUUAAUGGGCUCUGUGGCUCCAGCCCGUUUCUUUAGCUCAAAGAUCAAUGAUGUUGUCAUUGUCUCGGCCGCUCGUACACCUAUGGGCAGUUUCCAAUCGCAGUUGGCUCCCAUGAGUGCCACUCAAUUGGGUGCCGUUGCCAUUGAAGCUGCUGUCCAAAGAGCUGGCAUCAGCAAGGAAGAUGUCCAAGAAGUCUACAUGGGUAAUGUAGUAUCUGCUGGUUUGGGUCAAGCCCCAGCCAGACAAGCUGCCAUCUUUGCGGGUUUGCCCAAAAAUGUUUGCUGCACCACUGUUAACAAAGUUUGUUCCUCUGGCAUGAAGGCUGUUAUGAUUGCCAGCCAAUCUUUGAUGUUGGGUCAAUCGGAAAUUGCUGUUGCCGGUGGCAUGGAAUCCAUGUCCAAUGUCCCCUACUACUUGAAGAGAGGUCAAACUCCAUAUGGUGGCGUUAACCUUAUCGAUGGUAUUGUCUUUGAUGGUUUGUGGGAUGUCUACAACAAAUUCCACAUGGGCAACUGUGCUGAAAAUACUGCCAAGAAAAUGGGCAUCACUCGUCAAGAUCAGGAUGAUUUUGCCAUCAGUUCUUAUAAACGUUCCGCCAAGGCCUGGAGCGACAAAGUCUUUGAUGCUGAAAUUGCCCCUGUGACCAUUAAACAAAAACGCAAGGAUGAUGUUAUCGUGGCCGAAGAUGAAGAAUACAAACGUGUCAAUUUCGAUAAAUUUGGCAAAUUGUCGACCGUCUUCCAAAAGGAAAAUGGCACAGUAACAGCCGGCAAUGCUUCCACAUUGAACGAUGGCGGUUCUGCUGUUGUCUUGAUGACCGCUGAUGUAGCUGCCAAAAUGAACCUGAAACCUUUGGCCCGUGUUGUUGCCUUCCAAGAUGCCGAAACAGAUCCCAUUGACUUCCCCAUUGCUCCCGCCUUGGCCAUACCAAAAUUGUUGGAAAAGGCCGGUGUCAAGAAGGAAGAUGUUUCCAUGUGGGAAAUCAACGAAGCCUUCUCUCUGGUCGUUUGUGCCAACAUCCGUAAAUUGGAUGUUGAUCCCAACAAAGUGAACAUCCAUGGUGGUGCUGUAUCGCUGGGUCAUCCCAUUGGUAUGUCUGGUGCUCGUUUGGUAACACAUUUGUCGCAUGCUUUGAAGACUGGUGAAUACGGUUGUGCCUCUAUCUGCAAUGGUGGUGGUGGUGCUUCCUCCAUCCUGAUUCAGAAAUUGUAAAUUUCUGAUCAAAAUGAACGAUAAGAAUAAAGUGAAAUUUAUAACCAGAGAUGCAUUUAUAAAAUUAAAAAAAAAUAUAUAUAUUUUUUAUAAAAAGAAAAUUCAAUUUUCGUAAAUUAUUAUGUAACCCCUGUUGAAAAAAAAAACAAUGUGUGAUAUCAGUAUGUGCAUUUGUUUAUGUAUAGAAAAAAAUAAAAAAAGAGAAAAAUCCAGAUAAGAAUAUUGAAGACAUGACUGAGAAUAUUUUAA